UCGAGGGCACGAACAGAAGUUAGAACCAGUUGAACGGCGAUAGAGGGGAAGAGUGGAGGAGAACCAGAUGGCGUCGUUCCGAUCACUGAGAUCUGAAAUCUUCGACCGAGAAGAGCGAAAACAGCAGUACCAGGAUCACAUUCGCGGCCUCAACGCGUACGACCGCCACAAGAAAUUUCUCCAUGAUUACGUUGGAUUUUAUGGGAAAGAAAAAGCCACACAUGUAAAGUUGCCUGUUAAAACUGAUCAAGACACCCUAAGAGAGGGAUAUCGGUUUAUACGUACUGAGGAAGAUGAUAUGGAUCCUUCUUGGGAGCAAAGGCUGGUGAAGCGUUAUUAUGAUAAGCUUUUUAAAGAAUAUUGCAUAGCCGACAUGUCACACUACAAAAGUGGCAAGAUUGGUCUGAGGUGGAGGACAGAGAAGGAAGUCAUGUCUGGGAAAGGGCAGUUUAUAUGUGGUAACAAACAUUGUGACGAGAAAGAUGGCUUGGCAAGUUAUGAGGUGAACUUUUCUUACUCUGAAGCUGGAGAAAAUAAACAAGCCCUUGUGAAAUUGGUGACUUGUGAGAGAUGUGCGGAGAAGCUUCAUUAUAAAAGGCGGAAAGAGAAGGAGCAAUCACAGAAAAGAGAGCAAGAAGAAAACAAACGGAAGAGGAACCGGUCAAGAAGUGAUGAUGAAACAGAUGUUGAGUACGAAGGGAUCAAGGAGAGGAGAAAAGGGAAAAAGGCUUCAACUUCAACUGAUGAUCGUAAAAUUGAUGACGAUGAUAACUUUGAUGAGUUUCUUGAGGGGAUGUUUCCGUGAGGGACGAACAGCUGAAUGACUGCUGCCAAAUUCAAAGUUCAGUAGUGAAGGGAAGGCUAAAAGUAGACUUCAUUUUCUUAAUCCGGCUUUGCUGGCUAUUCUGGCUGUGCCUCUUGUCUCUCCCCUCGGAAACCAGAAUGGUUUGUCUUUUGUUAGUGUACAUGAUAACAACAAACAAACAGCAGCGACAACAGAGGCAAGAGAGAAGCUUUGGUAGGCAGAAAGGUUUUGAUACCUUUUUAAAGAUUGUGACAAUUGGUGACAUGGGAAUGAAUAGUAACCAUGAAGUAGUAAUGUUUGUGGUUUGUAUUGUAUUGUAAUGUAACAUGACAUGUCAGUCUGAUUUGAGUUCGAAGUUGGUGUACUAUGAAAAUGUUUGGUUGCUUUAGGAUGUAUUGGAAUUGCAUUCUACUUUUUGAGUAUCACUUUUAUGAUUGACUAGGAAGAGUUUGACACUAAUCAUUGAGGUAUGAUUCAUUGCCAUUAAUGGGGGCAAAGAGGCAUCUUCUGGAGUGGUGUGCUGUAAUUACUGUGAAGACGUGUGGAUUUCUGGGAGCUCUACAAGGCAAUCGCAGCAUGGGGUGGCACACAUCUUGGCAUGGCUGCCACAGAGGAUGAGGACAACCACGAAGCCGUCUACUUAGGGCGCAGCGCUGUUAAGGGACAACGUGUUGAAACAGCUAAAUGUGGGCCCAAUGGUCCACUGAUCCUGACACGUUGUGUAUUAAUUGGCAAUGACAUUUUUAGAUCUCAAUUAAAAUAAAAAUGCUAAAGCCAUGGAUUAUUUUUUGUCA